AUGGCCUCCCCAUCCAGGCAGGGGUCCCCUGGAGGGGCUGGGCUGCUCUGCGGCAGCAAGACCCGGUCCUACGGCAGCCUCGUCAAGUCAAUGUGCUCCCCGGUGAGGGAGAGGAGGGUGGAACAUCGCCUGGAGCCGGGGGACACCUUGCAGGGGCUGGCGCUCAAGUAUGGGGUCACGAUGGAGCAGAUCAAGCGGGUGAACCGGCUGUACACCAGUGACUCCAUCUUCCUCAAGACGACACUGCACAUCCCCAUCCUGGUGGAGCCCAAGCAGAUGGCGAAUGGCUUAAACCUGGAGGAAGAGGAGGUGGAGGAAGGAGCCAGGCAGCCCCCCACGGGAGAGGAGAAGCCGGUGCUGAAAAACGGUUCCAUGACCAGCACAGGCACCCCCCCCCGCCACGACCUCUCGGCCAUGGAUUUCUUAAGGAAGCUCGACUUGGAGAUCAGCCUGUCCAAGAAGGCUGCGGUGAAGAAGCUGCGGGAGCGGGAGAUCGCGUGACCAGGAGCCAGCAGGACCGUCUCCUAUCAGAGCGAGCCCUCGCCUCACGCUCAGCAGCGCGCCCUGCUGGGCCCCGUGCCGCUCACCAAAACCACCCGGGCCGCCACUCUGCGGGACCAGGAGGACGAGAUCUUCAAGCUCUGA